AUGAAGUCUGUAAUUAAAAUGAGUGCAUUUCAUCCUCUUAAUUCUGUACUUCUUAGUUCGGAGAAAGAUGGUGAACAGAAAGGCUGUAAUGAGUUGUCCAUUACUCUUCCUGUCUUACUUAGUGAAGGUGAAAUGUUUGGAUCUGCUUCAAAACGUUUAGGAUUGUAUCAUAAUACAAAUAAACGUUUGGCGCCAAAGCUAAAUCCGGUAAUUUCUUUAAGGCUUUUGGAUUCCAGUUAA